UGAACGUCUACACAGUUUUGUCCUGGAUCAUCUUACAGGACCUGAUGCUAGCUCCAAUUUUAACUAAUAGUUUAACUAACUGUUGAAACUUCUGUGUCUGGUUACCCAUCUCUCUGUCACUGGUGCCAUGAUUGUCAUCUUCUCUCCAUGUGCAGGCCAACCCUCCGUCAUACAACCGCUCAGAGGACCUGGCUUCACUGCUCUAUCUCAAUGAAUCCAGUGUGAUGCACUGCCUGAGGCAGCGCUAUGGAGGCAACCUCAACCACACCUACGCGGGUCCCAACAUGGUAGUCAUCAACCCCCUCAGCACACCCUCCAUGUACUCUGAGAAGGUGAUGCACAUGUUCAAAGGCUGUCGGCGGGAGGACUCUGCACCUCAUAUCUACUCCGUGGCCCAGUCUGCCUACCGCAACCCUGCUCACCACCCGGCAGGAUCAGUCCAUCGUGCUGCUGGGCAAGUCUGGCAGUGGCAAGACCACCAACUGCCAGCACCUUGUGCAGUAUCUGGUCUCCAUCGCUGGCAGCACGGGCAAAAUCUUCUUCUGCUGAGAAGUGGCAGGCGGUCUACACCAUCCUGGAGGCUUUUGGAAACAGCUCCACCUCUAUGAACACCAACGCCAGCCGCUUCUCCCACGUGGUGUCCCUCGACUUUGACCAGGCUGGGCAGGUGGCCUCCGCCUCCA